AUGAAUGGGCCGAGAGGUCCGGUGCGAGAGAGGGAGAAGGCGAGGAAGAAAGGCGAUGGCGGGACAGCAUCGCAGGUGAAGAAGAGGUUGGCAAAGGAACCGAAGACAAAGGCUAAGGCGAAGGCCAAGUGCAAGGAAAAGGCUGCGCAGAGGAACGCAAAGGCGAAAGCGAAGGUGAAGGCGAAAGCGAAAGCCAAGGCCGCAGACACCAAUACCUCCAACGAAGAGCCAGUGCACCAUGCCGAGAGAACGACUCGCAAGAGACGCAAGCCCCUGCCAGCGAGCGCGGUUUCCGGAUCUCCGAAACAAGGUCCGCUCUGGAGAUACUUUGGCCGGCGCCCGCGGGUCGGCGAAGAACCAGCAGGAGUGGCUGCGGCAAAGGAGAACAUGAAGGACACAACUGAGAAGAAGGGCGAUAAGGAAAAGGAAGAGGAAGGGGACAAGGACAACGAUAGGGAAAAGGAUGAGGAGGACAAUGAAGAGAAGGCGAGUAGAAAGCAGAAGAAGAACGACGGCACCGACAAGAGCAAGAAGAAAGACAAGAAAGACAAGAAGGCCAAGGACAAGAAAGACAAGGCGAAAGAUGAGAAGGACAAGCAAACGGACAAGGAUAGGACAAGGCAACAGGAUAAGUUGAAAGAAAAGCAACAUGACCAGAACGACAUUGACAAGGGAAGGAACAAGCGAAAGGAAAAUGACCAAGAGAAAGACAAGGACAAGGAUCAAGAGAGACACAAGGAGAGAGCAGAAAAGAAUGACAAGGCGCAGCUGGAUGUACCGCUGGUUGUGAGCGGCUGCGUCAACAAAAUCGUCAGCGAGCAGGUGAAGGGAACCUACUUUCGGCACGGCACCAAUCAUGGCAAGCCAGUCUACAAGAAGAAGCCAAACGACAAGCCUGCAGAUGUGCUAAUAUACUACUGGGAUGAGCGGGAUGGUGAAAAGUUCUGCGGUUGGUGGUUCAGUCCCCGUGUGGGCAGCGACCAGAUUUGGGCACAUCACCCAAGUCGCAAGGCGACAUCGCCGCCACCUGCGGGGUGGAAGGUGCCUUAUGACGGGCCCAUUGACAAGAGCUUCACAGUGACAGCUGCCCCCCAGCUUGCCAAAGAGAGCCAAAGGAGCCUGAAAAAGGAAGAGGCGAAAGACAAGAAAGAUGAGGAAGUAUCGCGACCCAAAGAGGCGCCUCUUUCGAAAGACGAUGGCUCCUCAGACGAUGCUCGCGCAAGUAGGAAGCCGAAGGACUCGAAGGACUUGACGGCUGAGCGAGAGCUGGAGUUGCGGGCGGAGGACCGGCAGCUCCUUUUAAGGCAGGCUGAAGAGAUCCCGGAAGGGUCCCCCUCGAAGCCGGCCUUCUUCAGCUUACGCUUCGACGGGAGCGAGGUGCAAGCAAAGGUGGGCCGCAUCUACGACCGUCUGAGUGCACGUGGCUUCCCGGUUCGAAUGGUGAGGGCUAGGCCGGGAGACAAUUUCGGGGACAUGGUGACGGCGUAUCUGGCUGAGAUCAAGGAGAAGGGUGGGGCGCUGCUGCCUGUCUGUGUCGAAACCUAUGGGGAGGAGACUCGCUCUCCAUACUCGACCUACGAGGAGCUCAAGUUUGCAGUUUCGUGGAAAAUCCGAAUCGUGCCCCUGAAAAUGUCGGAGGUUUAUCCACCGAGGCCGCCCGGCCAGCAGGCCAGGGGUCUCAUCGACAGAGCCAUGCCGCCGGAUCUGGCAUAUCUGGACUGUGGAGACAAGACGGAGAACGAGAUCGCCGAUGAGAUUGCCAAAGUGCUACUGCGACUCUAG